ACAUAGGUGUUUGAUUGUUCUUUGAAAUGUGUUUUGUAGAACCGUGAUUCCAUAAUUUUAGUCAUAUUUGAUAGGUAAUGAACAUAAUUUUCAUAAGAAUCAAGUGUUUUUCCGCAUGAAAUGACUUUUUGCGAGAACAUCUCAAAUCACCUCAGAAUCGCAUGCCUAGCUUCCACUGACUCCUCCCGCAGCUUCUCUCCCUUAAACGAUUGCGGACUCAAUCUUUGCUGCUCCUACCUGCUUCUCUCCCUGCAAGAGAAAAGCGAGAGACAGAGCCGUUGUUUGUUUCUAAUUUGUGAACCAGAACUUGGCGCCAGAGGCAGAGCACCUCGCAACGGCGGCAAUGAAGAACUGAUGCGCUGGAAGCUCCUCCAUGGGGGUAUGCUGCACAUGGUAAGGCACUUCUCUAGAGUAUCGUCACUCCCUCCUGCACAUGCGGCCCCUGUCAUUCGAGUGCACAAUAACAUAGCUCGGCUAGGCAGCCCAAAAGCAGACAAGAAGCCUCGGCAGCUACUUUCACUUCCUGCUUUCCCUGGCCUCCCCCUCCCUGGGAAAAGGUCAGUCAGUGUCCCUGGGAAAACUCCGCAUGUCACUGCUAUCAGCUGGGUCAAGUACUACUUUGAUGACAUCCCUGGCUCUGUGAUUCAGUCCCAUUUCAACAAGGGUCUGAUAGAAUGCCCUAAUAUGGAUGACUCAUCAUUGGACAAGCAAGGUCAAAUGCAAUCGUUGAGAAAGAUUGGUCCUAGUGAGGUCAUGGAGGCUGGUAUGAGAAUUUAUGUACCUGUUUCAGUUGCUGAGACUAAAAUUUCAAAGAGAUUUGACACCAUACCGAGUGGAACUUUUUAUCCAAAUGCUGAUGAGAUUGAGUACUUGCAAAGGCUUGUGAUAUACAAGGACCCGGCUAUAAUUGUACUAAAUAAGCCCCCCAAAUUGCCAGUCAAGGGAAAUAUGCCAGUUCAUAAUAGCAUGGAUGCAUUAGCAGCUGCUGCAUUAUCUUAUGGUUAUGAGGAGGGUCCCAAGUUGGUUCAUCGCCUUGACAGAGAGAGCAGUGGGCUCCUUCUAAUGGGAAGGACAAAAGAUAGCAACGAUCGACUCCAUUGGUUGUUCAGCGACGUGAGUACGGAAAAAUCUUCAUCUAAGCCUUGGAAUGAUGCUUGUCAAGCAACAGUGCAAAGGUACUGGGCAUUGGUCAUAGGCUCUCCGAAAGAAAAGGAAGGUGUUAUUCAUGCCCCUCUUUCAAAGGUUCUUCUUAAUGAUGGGAAAACUGAAAGGGUCAUCCUGGCCCAUCACUCCGGUGUAGAACCUUCUCAACAGGCUAUAACUGAAUAUCGGGUAUUGGGCCCUACAGUAAAUGGUUGCACAUGGAUUGAGCUGUGUCCACAUACUGGCCGGAAAUAUCAGGUACAUGGAGUAUCUAGUUUGAGAGGUACCAUUGGUGAUGGGACCACAUCUUAACUUGACCACACUUUGACCUGCCAUUAUUCAGAAUCAGGCCAUUCUCGAAAGCAUUGCUCUAGUCAAUGUUUCCGGUGAUAGCUUUGUAUUAGUUGAAAGGCCACUCCACAAUCGUGAUCUCAAAUGGGCAUUAACAUGCCCACUAAAAGUAUGCCAUUAAUGGUGAAGAGGCAUCCAAACCACAAACCCUCAGAAGAAAAAGAAAAAAAUAUAAAAUAAGUGUCCUAAACAGUCCUUAACAAGUUCACUGAGCC